AUUCAGUCUGGAAAUCACAGAGCGUCCUUCUUGCCACCCAACAGGAGCAGAGCAAGUGACUCUGGCCUUCCUCGGAUUUGGCAUCCUUGUUUCCAGUGCUAAGAAAGUGAAGUCAUGAAGGUGGAGGAGAAGGCUGGGGUAGGAAAGCUGGACCCUGCUAACUACAGGAGGCCACAUCUGGACCAGGAAGGCUGCUGUGCCCUCAGCCUUGGGCUUCCAGUCCCCAGUUACCUGCAAAGAAAAAGAGAGCAGAAGGGACAGCUUUCAGGCCUGCAAAAAGUCCACUGGGAGAAGCUGCAGCAGGAACUGAGCGGCGCGGAGAGCAGAGGAAGCAGCCGGGCCAGCAGCACGGAUCAUAGCAGCAGGACCCGGUCUCCAGCUGCUGAGCAGCUCCAGGACAUCCUGGGGGAAGAAGAUGAGGCUCCCAACCCCACCCUCUUCACUGAGAUGGACACUCUGCAGCAUGAUGGAGACCAGAUGGAGUGGAAGGAGUCGGCCAGGUGGAUAAAGUUUGAAGAAAAGGUAGAGGAAGGAGGUGAACGCUGGAGCAAGCCCCACGUGUCCACACUGUCCCUGCAUAGCCUCUUCGAGCUCCGUACGUGUCUGCAGACGGGGACAGUCCUGCUGGACUUGGAUGGCGGCUCCUUACCACAGAUCAUAGAUGACGUCAUCGAGAAGCAGAUCGAGGACGGCCUCCUGCGACCAGAGCUCCGGGAGAGGGUCAGCUACGUCCUCCUGAGGAAACACCGUCACCAAACCAAGAAGCCCAUCCACCGCUCCUUGGUCGACAUUGGAAAGUCAGUCUCCUCCACCACAAGUCGCAGUCCUGCCCGGAGUCCCGCGGCGGGCACCAGCCUGCACCACUCCUCCGAGGACCUGAGGAUGCGACAAAGUGCCUAUUACGGCCGGCUGUGUCAUGCCCAGAGCAGAAGCAUGAACGAUAUUUCCCGCACACCAAACACAGACCAGAGGAAAAACAAAUUCAUGAAGAAGAUCCCCAAGCACUCAGAAGCAUCCAAUGUGCUGGUGGGCGAGGUGGACUUCCUGGAUCAGCCGUUCAUCGCUUUUGUGCGUCUCAUCCAGUCCGCCAUGCUGGGAGGGGUGACCGAGGUGCCCGUCCCCACCAGAUUUCUGUUCAUACUGCUGGGACCUUCAGGGAGAGCAAAAUCCUACAGUGAAAUUGGCCGUGCCAUCGCAACCCUCAUGGUAGAUGAUCUCUUCAGCGACGUGGCCUACAAAGCCCGCAACAGAGAUGACCUGAUCGCGGGGAUUGAUGAGUUUCUGGAUGAGGUCAUCGUCCUUCCCCCAGGAGAAUGGGACCCAAAUAUCCGAAUCGAGCCCCCCAAGAAAGUGCCCUCUGCUGACAAAAGGAAGUCCAUGUUCUCCCUGGCUGAGCUGGGCCAGAUGAACGGCUCCGUAGGCGGCGGUGGCGGGGCUGCGGGAGGCGGCGGUGGCGGCCCCGGUGGGGGCACAGGCGGGCCCGGCGGCGGGAGCAGCGCGGACGAUGGAGAGAUGCCGGCCAUCCAUGAAAUCGGAGAAGAGCUCAUCUGGACCGGAAGGUUCUUCGGUGGCCUGUGUCUGGAUGUCAAGAGGAAGCUGCCCUGGUUCCCAAGCGACUUCUACGAUGGCCUCCACAUUCAGUCCAUCUCUGCCAUCCUAUUCAUCUACCUCGGCUGUAUCACCAACGCGAUCACCUUUGGUGGGCUCCUAGGGGAUGCCACCGACAACUAUCAGGGAGUGAUGGAGAGCUUCCUGGGCACUGCCAUGGCCGGCUCCUUGUUCUGCCUCUUCUCGGGACAGCCUCUCAUCAUCCUCAGCAGCACGGGGCCCAUCCUCAUCUUUGAGAAGCUCCUCUUUGACUUCAGCAAAGGCAAUGGCCUGGACUACAUGGAGUUCCGCCUCUGGAUUGGCCUCCACUCAGCCGUCCAGUGCCUCAUCCUGGUAGCCACAGAUGCCAGCUUCAUCAUCAAGUACAUCACCCGCUUCACCGAGGAGGGCUUCUCCACCCUCAUCAGCUUCAUCUUCAUCUACGAUGCCAUCAAGAAGAUGAUCGGCGCCUUCCAGUACUACCCCAUCAACGUGGACUUCAAGCCUGACUCCAUCACCACCUACAAAUGCGAGUGUGUUGCUCCUGACACAGCGAAUGCAACCACGUUCAAUGCUUCAGCCCCACUGUCACCAAACACCAAUGCGUCUCUGUACAACCCCCUUAACCUCACAGCGUUGGACUGGUCCCUGCUGAGCAAGAAGGAGUGUCUGAACUAUGGUGGGCGUCUGCUCGGGAAUUCCUGCCAGUUCAUCCCAGACCUCGCACUCAUGUCCUUCAUCCUUUUCUUUGGGACAUACUCCAUGACCCUGACCCUGAAGAAGUUCAAAUUCAGCCGCUAUUUCCCUACCAAGGUCCGGGCUUUGGUGGCUGACUUCUCUAUCAUCUUCUCCAUCCUGCUCUUCUGUGGAAUCGAUGCCUGCUUCGGCCUGGAAACCCCCAAGCUGCACGUGCCCAGCAUCAUCAAGCCCACACGGCCUGACCGCGGCUGGGUGGUGGCCCCCUUUGGGAAGAACCCAUGGUGGGUGUACCCGGCCAGCAUACUGCCCGCCCUGCUGGUGACCAUCCUGAUCUUCAUGGACCAGCAGAUCACGGCCGUCAUCGUCAACAGGAAGGAGAACAAGCUGCGGAAGGCUGCCGGCUACCACCUGGACCUGUUCUGGGUGGGCAUCCUCAUGGCCCUGUGCUCCUUCAUGGGGCUGCCCUGGUAUGUGGCGGCCACCGUCAUCUCCAUCGCCCACAUCAACAGCCUCAAGAUGGAGACGGAAACCAGUGCCCCCGGGGAGCAGCCCCAGUUCCUGGGGGUGAGGGAACAGAGAGUGACCGGCAUCAUUGUCUUCAUCCUGACGGGGAUCUCCGUCUUCCUGGCUCCCAUCCUGAAGUUCAUCCCCAUGCCCGUGCUGUACGGAGUCUUCCUCUACAUGGGUGUGGCCUCCCUCAACGGCAUCCAGUUCUGGGAACGCUGCAAGCUCUUCCUGAUGCCAGCCAAGCACCAGCCGGACCAUGCCUUCUUGCGGCACGUGCCUCUGCGCCGGGUCCACCUCUUCACCCUGGUGCAGGUCCUCUGCCUGGCUGUGCUCUGGAUCCUCAAGUCCACGGUGGCCGCCAUCAUCUUCCCCGUCAUGAUCCUGGGCCUCAUCAUCGUUCGAAGGCUCUUGGACCUCGUCUUCUCCCAGCACGAUCUGGCCUGGAUUGACAACAUCCUCCCAGAGAAGGAGAAAAAGGAGACCAACAAGAAGAAGAAGAGAAGGAACGGGGCCCAUGAGGACAGUGAUGAGGAGCCCCAGUUCCCUCCUCCCUCAGUUAUAAAGAUUCCCAUGGAAAGUGUCCAAUCAGAUUCCCAAAAUGGUAUCCACUGCAUUGCCAGAAAAAGAUCUUCCAGUUGGAGUUACUCACUUUGAUUCUUCCUUCAGUGACUCAGAACUCGAUCGAAGCAUCACAUUGCACUUCAAAAUUUCCUGCCCAGCUUCACCUGCUUUCAACUACUCGCGGAGCCCAGUCUUCAUGAUGCCGCAGGUGAAGAUAGAGAUGGAGUCAGACAAUGACUUCCCAGACAUGGGCAAAUAUCGAAGAGAGGCUGAUGGCGAGACCACCCUCUAGGACUACACAGCUUUCCCCAGAAAUGGGCAGUGAGAGCACGGUUUAAUCUUAACCGUGAGUCUAGGUCAAAACCCUUAACCUCUCUAUGCCUGUUUCCUCAUCCACACAACCAGAGGGAGUCAUUGUGCUUGAUAGAGAAAUGGAGAUCUGUCAACUGAAAGUAGUGCUUAAUGCAAAGCUCUCCUCUUCCCUUUGUAGUUACUAAAAUAACCUAAAGCUAAAUGUCAUACCUUUUUGUAAAACGCAAUCCAGAAUAGAAAUUAUAACAUUUAUUUUGGAAAGAAAAAAAAUGCUUGCAUCCUAAAACCAUAACUAAGAUAAAGCGGUGAGAAUCAAUUUUUAUUUAAAACAAAUACCAGUCAACAUAUUUUUAAAAGA